GUCUCCAGCCACCAGGAAGUGAUAACGUCCUGCCAAAAUCAAGCGAGGUGGUCCCUGCAUGCGCAUUGGCUGGAAGCAUAGGUGUGUCAGGGGGUGUGCACGCCAUGUCGCCGUCCGUCGUUACGUUACUUCCUGCGAGGGAUGAACGGAGGUUUUUGACAGCACGGAGGGAGGCGACGCGUCAAGUUUUCAGCAGAGGAGAUCUGUAAGACCAGUGCGACGGAGCGUCCCGGGACCUAAACACCUCCCUCCUCCAUCCCAACUAUUGCGCCUGGACAUGCUUUGGAUGGCAGCCUCUGAGUCUGCUGGUGAGUGAGGGCUUCUUCCUCCAAGGUUUGGUUUGAUCUCCAACAUGGCGGGAGAUCUCUUCAGCCCCCCAUCCCCUCUGGGGGAUUCCCUGCUGGACGGCCCGCUGUGUGGAGACCUGAUGGAGGAUCUUCGUAACAUCUCCCAGUCCAUGGGGGAUGACACACUGGGAUUUGAUUUCCUGGAGCAGCAGAGCACCGGAUCUGGAUCUGAGAGCUCCAUCGCAUUAGAUACCUUGACCCCAGCCUCCAGUCCGUCUUCGGGGGUGUGUGGAGGAGCGCAUGGCCCAGAGGAGAGCUUCACCCCCCUUAACCUUGAGUGCAGAGUGUGCUCAGACAAGGCUUCAGGCUUCCACUACGGGGUGCAUGCAUGUGAGGGCUGCAAGGGUUUCUUCAGGAGGACCAUCAGGCUAAAGCUGGAGUAUGAUAAGUGCGAACGCAGCUGCAAAAUCCAGAAGAAGAACCGAAACAAGUGCCAAUACUGCCGCUUCCACAAGUGCCUCUCUGUGGGCAUGUCCCACAACGCUAUCCGGUUUGGUCGGAUGCCUCAGGCGGAGAAGCAAAAGCUAAAAGCAGAAAGCAAGAUGGUGGAAGAAGAGGUGGCAAGCCCCAUGCUGGCAGACCACAAGAUUCUGGUCAGGCAGAUCCACGAGGCCUACAUGAAGAACUUCAACAUGAACAAGGCGAAAGCUCGGCUUAUACUCACCGGAAAGACAAGCAAGACGCCUUUCAUCAUUCAUGACAUGGAGACGUUCCAGCUGGCCGAGAGGACAUUAGCGGCACAUAUGUUAGACGGUGACAGUCCAGAGGCUGAGAUUGGCCUACAUGCUGGGGACAUAGUUCCAGCUGUGGGGAGCGGUGAGCUCCAGCAGAGGGAGGCUGAAACCCGGCUCUUCCACUGCUGCCAGAGUACCUCUGUGGAGACAGUCACAGAGCUGACGGAGUUCGCCAAGGCAGUGCCGGGUUUCCAGGGCCUGGAUCUGAAUGAUCAGGUGACUCUUUUAAAGUAUGGCGUUUAUGAAGCCCUCUUUACGCUCCUGGCCUCCUGCAUGAACAAAGAUGGCCUCCUGGUCGCCCGUGGUGGAGGUUUCAUCACCAGAGAGUUCCUCAAGAGCCUGCGACGGCCAUUCAGUGACAUGAUGGAACCCAAAUUCCAGUUUGCUACACGCUUCAACUCUUUGGAGCUGGACGACAGUGACCUGUCACUUUUUGUGGCUGCAAUUAUUUGCUGUGGAGAUCGCCCGGGCCUGGUCGAUGUCCCUCUCGUGGAGCAACUGCAGGAAAGCAUAGUACAGGCACUACGACUCCACCUGCUGGCCAACCACCCAGACGACAACUUCCUCUUCCCAAGACUGCUGCAGAAACUGGCAGACCUGCGGGAGCUGGUCACCGAGCACGCUCAGUUAGUGCAGGAAAUCAAAACAACAGAGGACACGGCAUUGCACCCGCUUCUGCAAGAGAUAUACAGAGACAUGUACUGAGAAGAAAAAGUACAUAUAAAUAAUUGAAGACCUUUCAAAUGUAGCUGUACAUAACUAGUAAAGGAUAUGCAUAUCGAUGUACUGUAAGUAGCUCAUUGUGCAGCUUCUAUUGAUGCACACUGCUGUGCUCUGCCGAGGCAUUACCAUGUGAUCUCUGACUCUGAAACUUUACUGGAACAGAACAAAUGGAAGAGGCGAAAACGAGGGGAGAGCAGCUCUUGAAAGUGGCAUGACAGCUUUCAUCAAGGAGGAAACAAAUAUUUGAAUGUUUUGCAUUGAUUUAUGGAGAUGUUUGUUAAAAUACAUAACUUAGAACAACUUCUUGUCGCAGGACUGGAAUGUGAUGCAAGCCUUUAUUCUGCAGACACGAGUUUUGGAUGACAAAAGGUAAAUAGGAAGCAGGCUAGACAAAUUUGCAUAGCAUUUGAAAUGAGUGCACAACUAAUGUAGAAUACCAAGGCAUGGUAGUUUCAGUUGUAUUUGCACUAUAUAUCAGUAUAAAGCAUAUGAACAAUAAGGUCAGUUUAGGUGCCAAGAAGCAGAGAUUUUUUUUUAACCAUUUUAAUGUUUAAAGUGAAAUGUUUGUGAUGCAAAAGAUGAUACAACUUAAUACCUAGUCAUAUUCCUAAUAUUUUGGACAUUGAGUGUAUAUGAUUUAGAAGUUAUUUGGAUAUGGUUAUUUUGUCAUGCUGGUCUGUCUUGUACAAGUGCCUUAUAAACUCUGAAAAAAAUGCAAAACUCAUGGUUUAAGAAACCCCUGUAUCAGUGUUCACAAAGUGCCAUAAUGUCAACCUCAUACCUCCUCUGCUUCUUAUGGCAAACCUUAUACCUUCCAUCAAAAAAUACAAUAUCAACGCCUUUUUGGCCAUGACAAAUGAGUUACUGGAUUAGUAUUAUUAAUUUGUGUUGGACCUGGAAAUUUUCAUUUUCUAUAAAGUAAUACAUCUUCUGCAUUUUUGGCAGCAAAUUAACUAAAAAGGGGCCUUACUAACAUUUUUAAGUACUCUUAUAUAAGUUGUGUAUUUAUUUAAAUCCUUUAUCCUACAGCUAACAACCAACACAACAAGAUGGCGCAUCUUAACUAUUUUUUAAAACAAGUAUUAUAUGUUUGUAUUCUUUCCAUUAAGGCACAUUGUUUUCAGGAAAAAAAAAACUAUUAAUGCCAGUAUUGAAUAUUUUGACUAUAAACACAAUAAUCUGUUGAGCUGGGCCAUGUUUUAUUUUGUAAAUAUAAUAGGAAUGUGGUGAUUAUAGUGAAAGGGAUGUGUGUGUGUAUGCCGACAGCAAAACAGGCCUCUGAAAUAGGGGCCAAAUGCCUCAUGUUCUUUGCCAGAACUCACCUCCUGAUGAAAAAUUGUUGUUAUAAUUAAACUGUAUGUUUUAUCAUGUAUAUCAGUGUACAUUAGAGGAUACAUUUGCUGUUUUGAUUAAAGGAAUCAUAUGUGGUAGCUUUAAAUAAACUAAUAUAUUUAACUGAA